UGGCGCCUCACGGUGGCCGACGACGAAGGUCACAUAGAGGUACACAUGGUAGACUUUGUGAUUCUUUGUACGGGAAGGUUUAGCAAUUAUCCCAACAUACCCAAUUUCCCUCCUGGUAGAGGCCCAGAAGCAUUUGAUGGGAAAGUGAUCCACUCCAUGGACUACUCCAAAAUGGGUAGUGAGAAAGCUAAGGAGAUGAUCAAGGACAAGUGUGUGACUGUCGUUGGCUAUGGAAAUUCAGCCCUUGACAUUGCUAAUGAAUGCGCAAAAGUAAACGGUAUGGAGAAACCAUGCACAAUGGUAGUCCGAACCAAGCAAUGGAUCAUACCGAACUUCUAUGCUUGGGGUAUUAACAUAUCAAAUUUCUAUCUAACUCGUUUUGCUGAACUCCUUAUUCACAAGCCCGGUGAAGGUUUCCUCCUUAGCAUAUUAGCUACCGUCUUGACUCCAUUGAGGUUGAUGAUUUCAAAGUUUGCUGAGAGCUACUACUCCAUUCCAAUGAAGAAGCAUGACAUGGUGCCUGACCACAGCUUUUUUGAGGGGAUGGUGGGAUGUAUGCUUUCCACUACACCCAAGGAUCAUUACAAGAAUCUAGAGGAAGGCAUCAUCGUUAUUAGAAAGUCGAAGACCUUUGGCUUUUGCAAAGAAGGUGUGCUCGUUGAAGGUGAAUCUACGUUGGUAAAGAGUGACAUAGUUAUCUUCGGAACAGGAUUCAAUGGUGAUCAAAACAUCAAGGACAUGUUCAUGUCAAAGGAGUGCAUACAUCCUAAGAUUCCACAACUUGCGGUCCUCGGAUAUUCUGACAACUAUGCGAAUGUCUACACUUCAGAACUACGGUCUAAGUGGCUAGCAUAUUUCAUGGAUGGUGGAUUUAGAUUACCAAGUGUUGAAGCAAUGCAGAGGGAUGUACUUGAAUGCGAGAAGGUAAUGAAGCAUUACUCCCGUGACGAAUCACGUACACCGUGCACUGGACUUCUUCCUACUUGGUACAAUGAUAGAUUAUGUGAAGACAUGGGAUGCAACCCGAGAAGGAAGAAUGGAUUUUUUGCCGAAUUAUUUGAGGCCUAUGGUCCCGAUGAUUAUAGCGAUCUUCACCCUAAGUAAGAGUACAAAUUUAGCGAUUAUUUUUUGUACGGGGCUUAAUUACUAGUCACUGCUUGCUCAACUCUGUGUAUUAUUUCUGUCUAUACUAUACUUCCAGUUGCCAUAUAAGUCACAGCACGUUCAAUAGAACCACUUGUCAUUUUCCCCAUGGUUGUAUAAUAAUUUUUAGGUAAAGGAA